AUGUCAUCUGGAUGGUGUAACAGAUACUUUAUUUACUUCUUGUGGGUAUUCUUUGAAAGAUCAUGUGGACUCCAAGAGAUCUCGGCCAAACAUUUGAUCCCAUUAAAUCAAUAUGUAAACCAGUGGCCGGGGUUCUUACAUGAUCAUAUUGCGACUACAUGGACUUACAGUUCUCAUCCAAACACUUUGAACUCUUAUUAUCAGCUAUCAGUGUUGGGACUUGUGUUGAAAUCAGUGGCUGCCAAAGAGUGUAAUUGUUCGGUAGAAGUAAACCAGAUGGUCGACGAAUUCAUGGGAAUUGGAGGAGGACCUGGAAGACCGGGAUUACUCGGUAAAUAUUAGUUUGUCCCAUAAAUAAUGUCCCUCUUCGAGAGGGGUCAAGUCAAAGGUCUAUAAAAAACGUAAGCAACAAUCAAAUUUCGUAAUAUUUUACCAUUUUGUAGCCAUGAUGUCAAGCUUUCGUUUAAUAUGUCAUCUGCCAUAUUUCGAUGAAAUUAGAGUAAUUUAGCCCCACUUAAAAAUUUCGGAAAAAGGGACGAUUUGUGCCAUCAACUUGUGUGAGCAAAAACAGGGUACAAAGGUUUUAGAAGUUACACCAAAUGUCAACGUCAUGUUCGGCCAGUGUGCUGUGAGUCCGGCCACGGUGAAGCGAGCGUUUAAAAAAAUCCGACCUAGCCACAGGAACCCCGAAGGGAAAACACGUCAUGCCAGCUUUGCGAAUUUACCCUGA